CGUCAAUGGAUAACAUUGGGGCGACUCGAACGGUCAGUGUCUUUUAAACUGAGAGUUGACAAACCAGUUGACGAGAGUCAAUCGGUCUAAAAAGAUUAAUUACAACUAAUAUACAACUCUUAUUGGAAAGCUACCACAUCUACGACCAUCACAACACCACUACUUCUAAAAAUCAAGAUAUUUGGCUCAAAAAAAGGCUUGUGUACUUCAAUUGGAGAAAAAAAACGUUUGGUUUAAUUAGAUGGAAAUCAACAGAUUCCGGCAAUAAUAUUAAAAAUUUAGCCACAAGCCAAGAAACAAAAUUUGUCCGUAUUCUUUACAGGUGACAUAAGUGAAUUAAUUAAGCAUCUUAACUCAUCCCUGUCUCUAUUUCACUAUCAGUGUUUUGCCUGCUUUAAUUGUCCAUUCCUGACAAAAAUGACACACGCAGAAAAGCAUGCAGAGUAGUGAUGAACCGCGUGGCUAUGUUUUAAUGGCAACGUGAAGUUCAAUAGAGAGUUGACCAUAAUAAGGGAACGGGGGCAAUUGUCAUCAUCAAGAGAUAAUGAUUACAGAACAGACUUGGACCAUGAUGCUGGAACCCGACGUACCAAGCGUCGACGAGUUGGGUAUCUCACCAAGGAAGCAAUUAUGGAUUAAAGCAGUUAAAAAAUUGACAUCUGAAAGACUUGGGAGAGAAGGAUUAGCAGCUUGGGGUGUAGCAGCACCACCAUCAGAGGAUUCAGAUGAUCCGCUGAAUGACAACAAUAAUUUAGAUGCAGCAUCUGUUGCUGUACCAUCAUCACCACCAUCACCAUCUCCACCACCACUACCAAAACCGCCAUCAUUAGCUGAUGACUUAUCCGAUCAACAGCAACAACAACCUAGUAAAACUGAAGGAAUGAGUUAUCAACAAGAUGUUUUCAAGCGUGGCUGCCUAUAUAAAGGAAUUUUCUGUCCAUCCUUAACAAAUGCCUUUCACAGUCCUAAUUUAGAAACUUUAUAUUUUCAUUAUUCUUCUCGACAACGACAAAAAUCGUUAAUUAUGCUCAAUGUCGUUGAUCUUGGUCUUAAGAUUGCUAUAAUAAUUAUUUGGCUCCAAAGAAUUAAUGAUGAAAAUAAAAAUAGUUUAUUGCAAACACUAAUAUGGAUAUCCUGUUGUAUGCUUGCUAACAUAAUUGUAUGUGUACUUGGAUUGUGCCGUUGGUUUUCGCAUAAUUAUCUCUACUGGGCAUCUAUAUUUACUUGGCUGCUUAUAAAUAUCCAAGGUUUCGUAGCAGGAGGAUUUAAUUUUCAAUCACAACAACGUAUUAUGUGGUACAUUCUAUUUGUGGUUUAUGCACCUUAUGCUAUGCUACCACUUCCAUUGAGAUGGUGUGUUAUUGCUGGUUCUGGAACAGCAUUUGUACACAUGACAAUGAUUAUUGCAUCGCUUUUUCAUAAUUCCGACUACUCAAGAGAUAUCGUCUGUGUAGUUAAAAUGCUUACGACCAAUACUUUACUUUAUUCAGCAGUUAAUUUAGCUGGAAUGUAUACAAAAUAUCUUACAGAUCGUGGACAACGUCAAGCUUUUUUGGAGACUCAUAGAUCCAUGGAAACACGACAAAGAACUCAGAAUGAAAAUAAUCGGCAAGAAAAAUUACUUUUAUCAGUUCUACCAGAUUUUGUAGCGAAAGAAAUGAUUAGAGAUAUUGCUCGUGAAACAGCAAGUGGAGGAACAUUUUCAUUUACUCCAAAUCAAUUUCAUAGAAUAUAUCUUCAUCGAUAUGAAAAUGUUAGUAUCCUGUUUGCUGACAUCAAAGGAUUUACUGCUCUUGCAAGUCAAUGUAGCGCUCAAGAACUGGUCAAGGUACUCAACGAUCUAUUUGCUCGUUUCGACAGACUUUCAGCUGAAAAUCAUUGCUUAAGAAUAAAACUUCUUGGUGAUUGUUAUUAUUGUGUAUCAGGACUUCCAACAGCAAGAAAUGAUCAUGCACACUGUUGUGUUGAAAUGGGUUUACACAUGAUCAAAGCCAUAAGGGAUGUUCGGUAUACCACUAAAGUGGAUCUUAACAUGAGAAUUGGAAUUCACAGUGGUUCAGUACUGUGUGGUGUUCUUGGUCUAAGAAAAUGGCAAUUCGAUGUAUGGAGUUAUGAUGUUACUUUGGCGAAUCAUUUAGAAAGUGGUGGAAUUCCUGGACGAGUUCAUAUAUCAGAAGAAACUCUAAAAUGUCUGAAUGACGUUUAUGAAGUUGAACCUGGAAAUGGAGUUGAUAGAGACAAUUAUCUAAAAGAUAGGAAUGUCGUAACGUAUUUAAUUAAACAGACUGAACCAUUGAAAUCAAAAAGAAGACAGUCAUCAAGACCAAAAGCAUGGACGGAAGAUGAAACGGGCAAUCGAACUAAGAAGAGUUUUAAAAUAGCAAAUGCUAUUUUAUCAAGUAAUCAUAAUGCUUCGAAUAAAGAUAAUAUGGCUAAUUAUAAAGAAGAUGAUAUUGACAUUGGAAUUGACUGGACUCCGGAAAUUCCAUUUGAAAAUUUAAAUAGCACGAAUUCAAUAAGCAAUCUUGAAGCUGAAUACCUUGAGGAUGAUGAUGAUGAACCAGGAUCAAGUGAAAAAAAGGGUGGUAGUUAUGAGACAGCAAGUAACAAACGUAUGAGAUUAGCUAACAUUAAUGCAUGGACAUUAAGAUAUAAUGAUGAAAGUCUUGAAACUAAAUUUGGACAAUUAAGAGAAGACAUGUUUAAAUCAAAUAUGAUUUGUUGUUUUGUUAUUUGGAUGUUUAUUGCUAUUUGUCAAGCCAUUGUUGUACCUGAUUGUAGUAUUUUAUUGAUAUCACUCUUCUUCACAACUACAAUUCUUAUUAUUUGUGCAAUAUUAGUUAUGGCUGAGGAAUUUAAUAGUCUUCCAACAUAUUUACAACACGCAUCGACUAUUUUAACGCAAAAUAAAUUAUAUCGAACAAUAUUUAUCUGCAGUCUUAUCAGUUUAAUGGCUUGUACAUCGAUAACUGGUGUUUUAGUUUGUUCUCCAAAGAAAUUACUUUUAUUAGAAGAUCCUCAAUCAAUGGAAUUGUCAUCUUUACAUGAUAAUAUAUCUCAACAAGUGCCAAAUGAAAAUAUUGUACAUAUUACAUCAACUGAAAAACAAUUUGAUCAACUUUUGUUGCAUUUUUUAAGUACAGCACUUAUAGAUGAGUCUAAAAAAACAUUUAUCAAUACUUUUACUAAUAAAAAAUUAUAUCAUCAUCAUCAUAAUCAUAAUCAUCAUCGACGUUUAUAUAAACGCAAUUAUUUAAAAUGGCAUAAGUUUCAUCAUGCUACACCAUCACCGAGAAUUUUUAAAAGAAUAAGUUUCCAAUCACGAAAAAUAUUAAAUAUAUUUGAUGAUAAUAAAAAUAAUAAUAUUGACAAUAACAAUAAUAUUUCAAACUUUAAUUUAACAGAAUUCGAAUUUUCAAUAAAAACAAUCAAUUGUUUUAGAUUUGAAUAUAUUAUUUUUACAUGGAUACUUUGUCUAAUUGCUUUAGCAUCAGCACUUAAAUUAUAUUAUUUAGUUAAAACAGCUCUUGCUUCGAUGAUUGUUUUUAUGUAUGCAACAUUAAUUCUUGUUAAAUAUAAAGAAUUAUUUUUUGUUACUCAUAAAGAAUUUGAUGAAACUGCCUUACCGCUCUCAGCACAAAUGCUAAUCUUUCUUAUAGUAUUUUUAAUUGUCGUAACGUAUCACGGUCGUCAAGUUGAAGUAACAUCAAGAUUAGAUUUCUUAUGGAAACAACAAGCUGAACGAGAAUUAAGUGAUAUGAUGGAGUCGAAACAUAAUAAUAUGCAAUUACUUAAAAAUAUCUUACCAGAUCAUGUGGCACAUCAUUUUUUAACUGCUGAACGUCCACCUGAAGAAUUAUAUUCACAAUCGCGUGAUAAAGUUGGUGUAAUGUUUGCUAGUAUACCAAACUUUACGGAAUUUUAUUCUGAAGAUGUUAACAAAGGAAUGGAGUGUAUUAGAUUAUUAAACGAAAUUAUAGCUGACUUUGAUGAAUUACUUGAUGAAGCACCAUUUCAAUGUAUUGAAAAAAUAAAAACUGUUGGUGCUACAUACAUGGCAGCUUCUGGGCUUAAUCCAAGUACACUAGAUAAUAAGAAAGAUGAUAUGGAUCAUUUGUGUAAAUUAGUAGAUUACGCUGUAGCAAUGCGUCUUCGUUUGGAAGACGUAAACAUUCAUUCAUUUAAUAAUUUUGAUUUAAGAGUUGGCAUUAGUUUUGGACCACUUGUUGGUGGUGUCAUUGGUGCUCGUAAACCAGUUUUUGAUAUUUGGGGUAAUACAGUCAAUGAAGCAUCCCGAAUGGAUUCAACAGGAGUUAUGGGAAAGAUCCAAGUACCACGUGAUAUCGCAAGAAUUCUUGAUUCACGUGGUUAUCAUACACAAAAGCGAGGAUUAAUUCAGGUCAAGGGAAAAGGAGCAAUGGAAACAUAUUUUGUCUUAGGAAGAGAUACUCAACAAUCAGAAGGUAUCUCAAGACACAGAAGUACAUGCAGAAGUCUUGCUGCUGUUGUUUACGGUGUUGUUCAAGCACGUAGAAAACAAAAACAAUUAAUUACUAGAACAUAAGGGAUUUAAUUGAUGAAAGAAUUGUAAAAUAUUAUCUUGAUAAUUAAUAUAGUAAUUCAAUAUUCUGAAUAACAUCAUUUGGGCGUAAUUUUUGCAAGUAUUCACCAUCUUUCUGACAAGACAAAUUUUAAUAUGUUCCGAAAUAUUACUAACUGACGUUCAACAAAUAUAUAUAAUUUAAAAAAUUACAAAUGUAUAUAAUUAACUGAUUAUUAAAAAUUCCAUCAAAACAACUAUGACCGAUACUUCAAAAUUCAAAGAAAAUCAAACCAAAGAAUAUUAUAUUUAAAUUGAAAUAAAAUAA